AUGGUUAGGCCUCUGGAGCAGGCGCUGGCUACCAUCGUGUGCACCUUCCGGGAAUAUGCGGGGCGCUGUGGGGACAAGCACAAGCUCUGCCAGGCAGAGCUCAAGGAGCUGCUACAGACGGAGCUGCCCAACUGGACCCCGACAGAGUUUCGGGAUUGUGACUACAAUAAACUCAUGAGUGCUCCGGACACCAACAAGGACUGCGAGGUGGAUUUUGUGGAGUACAUGCGCUCACUUGCCUGCCUCUGCGUCUGCUGCCACGACCACUUCAAGGAUUGUCCCCCAGAGCCCCCUGCUCCCAGUAGCCUCUGCUCCAGCACUGUAGGCAGAGGUCUGCUCAGAUCUGCUCCAUCUCUGCCCUGA